AGGCCUGUGUGCUGGAACUGAAGAGGAUUCAUUUCAUUUAGAAUAUAAACUUUAUCAUCGCCUCUAAUUACAGAAAUUGACCCGGAAUAGCGCCACUAACCUCCGUGGUGCUGUGUGUGUAUGUUGUAACUUGCUGACCCUACACCAUACCCAUCUGAAGCCCUCAUACACGCACUCGCACACUCACACACACACACACACACAGCAUGAAUGAAAUUAGUGUGGUUAGAGAAGGCUGGCUCCAUAAGAGAGGUGAGUAUAUAAAGACGUGGAGGCCGAGGUAUUUCAUCCUGAAGAGCGAUGGAUCAUUUAUUGGCUAUAAGGAAAAACCGGAUCUGUCUGACCCCAACCUGCCGCCACUCAACAACUUUUCUGUAGCAGAAUGCCAGCUGAUGAAGACAGAGCGGCCGCGUCCCAAUACUUUUGUCAUUCGCUGCCUUCAGUGGACGACAGUGAUUGAGAGAACCUUCCAUGUGGACAGUAAUGCUGAGAGGGAGGAGUGGAUGCGGGCAAUCCAGGCUGUAGCCAACGGACUGAAGAGCAGAGAGGAUGAAGAUGAACCCAUGGACAUCAACUACGGUUCAGCAGGAGAUAGCAGCUCUGAGACCUCCAGCUCCAAAUUACGCAAUAAAGUGACGAUGAGCGAUUUCGAUUACCUAAAGCUGUUGGGUAAGGGUACAUUUGGUAAAGUUAUUCUGGUGAGAGAGAAGGCGACCGGUGUACACUACGCCAUGAAGAUCCUCAGGAAGGAGGUUAUCAUUGCCAAGGAUGAGGUGGCACACACAGUAACAGAAAGCCGAGUGCUGCAGAACACAAGACAUCCAUUCCUUACGACACUAAAGUAUGCAUUUCAGACACACGACCGGCUCUGUUUCGUUAUGGAGUACGCUAACGGGGGAGAGCUGUUCUUUCACCUGUCCCGUGAGCGAGUGUUUACUGAGGACAGAGCCAGAUUUUAUGGAGCGGAGAUCGUUUCUGCGCUCGAGUACCUGCAUUCACGAGACGUCGUGUACAGAGACCUGAAGCUGGAGAAUCUGAUGCUGGAUAAAGAUGGACACAUUAAGAUCACAGAUUUCGGACUGUGUAAGGAGGGAAUCACCAACGAAGCCACCAUGAAGACCUUCUGUGGAACACCAGAAUACCUCGCUCCUGAGGUAUUAGAGGAUAAUGACUAUGGCCGUGCGGUGGACUGGUGGGGUUUGGGCGUGGUCAUGUACGAGAUGAUGUGUGGGCGACUCCCGUUUUACAAUCAGGAUCAUGAGCGCCUGUUUGAGCUGAUCCUCAUGGAGGAGAUCCGCUUCCCCCGAAAUCUGUCCCCCGAUGCCAAGAGCCUCCUCGCUGGAUUACUGAAAAAAGAUCCCAAACAGAGGUUGGGGGGCAGUGUUGAUGAUGCUAAAGAGGUGAUGAGCCACAGGUUUUUCACCUCCAUCAACUGGCAGGACGUCUUGCAGAAAAAGCUCACCCCUCCGUUUAAGCCUCAGGUGACGUCAGAGACAGAUACACGUUACUUUGAUGAGGAAUUCACACUGCAGACCAUCACAGUCACCCCACCUGACCAGUAUGACAGUUUGGAUGCAGAGGACUCGGAUGCGAGAACACACUUUCCCCAGUUCUCUUAUUCUGCCAGUGUACGGGAGUGAUCCAGAUCCACAGACCACACACACACAUGCACAAACACACUCGUACACCAGCAAAACACGUACACACACUCACCAGCAAUAUGCACACAGUGAUGGGCAGCCUGUUGGUUCACAGGUUUAUUAGGACGUUUUUAUUUUUCCAAAAGCUUUAUGAAGUAAAGGAUGAUCAGAACUGCUAGAGGGAGUUCGGCGUGACACUCGCUCUGCUUUUUAAACAUCGUCCCUGUGCUGCACUGCUCUUGGAAAACUCAGCAGAUGACCUGGUUACACGCGAGCUCGUGAUAGACGAGCUCGUCGAGGUCGCAAGUCUGUCCUGAUUGGUUGUCUGGUCUGUCAGUCAAACUACACGCUGAUCACACCUUUAAAAGUCUCGGACUCCUGGACUGUACCAGCAAAAUACCUAUAUGCGCGCACGCACACACUCAGACGGAAGCCUUUAACUUCUGAUUGUUACAGAAACACAUGUGAAGCCAUACUGCAGUGUAAGUGCUCUUUUUAUCCAGCUGUUACUGUCUGAACCACACAAUACUGCUGAUUCUCAAUGUGUGCGUGCGUGUGUGUGUGCUCGUGCGUGUGGGUUUUCACUUUCAAUGUGAUUUUUACAUUGUGUUUUGUGUCAGGAUUUUACACACACACAUACACACACACACACACAGACACACACACACAGAGUCAGUAAUGGUGUCCGGGGAGUAGUGUGUGGAUGUGUUUUACUUCUUUGUUUACACCUGAUUGAUCAUCACGAUUUUAUCUGAAUUCACAUCUGAUUCGCGUUCAAACUACUUCAGCAGGUCUGAGACACGUUAUACAACUGAUCACAAAACAUCUAAUCUGAAUCAAAAUCCCUCUUAAUACUUUACAUUCAAACGUAUUCAUUCAAUUUAGGCUCAACACCAAAAUUCAGUUUUAUUGCAGCAUCUUUUUUUAAAAAACUGAAAAUGAAAUCAUGAUUAAUAAACUGGUUGGUUUUUAUGCAGUCUGAUUCCAGUCCGGCUGAUCGGACACAAACCAGAUUCACCACACAAAAGCAGCAGCAGGUGUAAAUAAAGUCCUAACACAUUUCCUCUGUUCUACUGUCAGAUUCAGUCAUGAACGGGCGGAGUGGCACCCAGUCCGAGUGAUGGAGGGGUGAAAGAUAUACCUUCAUCACUCAUUACUACAUCAUGAGCAGGAAGUCCUGGUCCUGUGGUGUGCCGGGUGAGAUUUCCACUCCGCUCCCCAGCACCGGACCCGUGUGUGUGUGUGUGUCUGUGUGUGUAUGCGCGCGCACGCAUGUGUAAAACGAGUGUGUAUGUGUAUUGAAGCUGCCGUUAGAUCACACAGCUCUCUGAGGUUUCUGUGUUUUAUUGUUUUUGCAUUUUACUGUUUCAUAAACAGAUAUUUUGAUCUAUUUGCUUUUUUCUUUCUCAAAUCGUCUGGAUGAGUUCGAUAUAAAUAUAAUCUAUUACACCA